AUGAAGCCGAUCCUCAGAGUGUGUCGUGUCAAUACUUAUUCAGAAGUCAAACUAUCGCCAGGUCUGACGUUUGGUGGCAUUCUUGCUUCUCACGUACGAUCACUUUAUCCAACAAGUCAUACCAAGUACAAGAGAUAUACAUCGACAACUGCUACCCCUCCUACACCUGCCGCACCGAAUACCGCAUCUCUUUCAACAGCUUCCUCCAAUGCCGUUGUCCCGGAUCUAAUUACCACUCCGUACUCGAACUUAACAAUCGGCAUAGCUCGCGAGACGUACCCGAACGAAAAACGAGUUGCGGUUACUCCACAGAAUGCACAGCUGUUGAUUAAAAAAGGGUUCUCCCGAGUGCUUGUCGAGCGAGGUGCUGGAGCAGAAGCACAAUUCACGGAUGAAGCAUACGAGACUGCGGGGGCCAAGAUAGUGAACCGGAAUAAUGUUUGGUCUGAGAGUGAUAUUCUCCUGAAAGUUCGCGCACCGACUGUGGAGGGGCCUAAUAACGAAGUCGAUUCUUUGAAGAACAAUGCAACAAUUAUUUCGUUCUUGUACCCGGCAGUGAACAAUAAUGUGGUGGAAAAAUUGUCUAAUAGAGGGGUUACUGCCUUUGCGAUGGAUAUGAUUCCUAGAAUUUCGAGAGCUCAAGUUUUUGACGCAUUGAGCUCUAUGGCUAACAUUGCCGGUUAUAAGGCAGUCCUAGAGGCUUCGAAUCAUUUCGGGCGUUACAUGACGGGACAAGUCACUGCUGCUGGGUCCCUCCUUGUAAAGUACUUGUCAUCGGAGCAGGCUCGACGCAUGGGAGCGAUCGUACGAGGGUUUGACACCAGAUCAGCUGCACGCGAGCAAGUCCAAUCACUAGGUGCCGAUUUUAUCGAGGUAGAUUUCAAAGAAGAUGGAUCUGGCGCCGGUGGUUACGGCAAAGAGAUGUCGAAAGAAUUCAUCGAGGCCGAAAAGAAAUUAUUUAUGGAACAAUGCCGCGAGGUUGAUAUUGUAAUUUGCACUGCACUGAUCCCAGGUCGCCCUGCCCCUCGCUUGAUUCAUGAAGAUAUGGUUGCAGCAAUGAAACCUGGCUCUGUCAUUGUCGAUUUGGCAGCCGAAGCAGGUGGAAAUUGUGAUGUUACAGUUGCUGGUCAAUUAAUUGAACACAAGGGGGUAAAGGUCAUAGGAUAUACUGAUCUUCCUUCUCGCCUCCCAACUCAAUCGUCUACUUUAUACUCGAACAAUAUCACCAAAUUUCUGCUUUCUAUUGCCCCCGAGGAUAAGCAAUUCGGCAUUGAUCUCAAGGAUGAAGUUGUUCGUGGUUCUAUCGUGACUCACAACGGGGAAAUUAUACCCACAGCACCACGACCAGCACCUCCAGUGCCUAAAGCUGCUUCAGCUAUUAAUGCUAAUGCUUCAGCCGUGAACAUAGUCGCCUUAACACCAUGGCAAAAGCAAUCACGAGAAGUUGGUUUCAUCACUGGUGGGAUGGGUCUUGCACUUAUCCUUGGUAAAGCAACAGGACCUUUGUUUAUGAGCAAUGUCUUUACAUUUGCGUUGGCUGGACUGAUCGGUUACCGAGUAGUGUGGGGCGUCAGCCCUGCACUUCAUUCUCCACUCAUGAGUGUCACGAAUGCAAUCUCGGGAAUGGUUGGUGUAGGUGGUUUCUUUAUUAUGGGAGGAGGUCUUGUACCCCAUACUAUUCCUCAAGCUCUGGGCGCUUUAUCUGUAAUGCUAGCAUUUGUCAAUGUUUCCGGUGGUUUUGUAAUUACGAAGCGAAUGUUAGAUAUGUUUAAGCGACCGACUGAUCCUACUGAAUACCCAUUGUUGUAUGCAAUACCUGCUGUUAUCUUUAGUGGAGGUUAUAUAGCCGCUGCAUCUACUGGUAUGGCUGGGCUUGUUCAAGCAGGAUACCUUGCUAGUAGUCUCUUGUGCAUUGCAUCUUUAUCUGGCCUUGCCUCUCAGACGACAGCACGUCAAGGGAAUAUCCUUGGCAUUUUAGGAGUUGGUGUGGGAAUUCUUGCAUCUUUGGCUGCGGCUGGAUUUCCUCUCGAAGUUCUUGCACAAUUUGCGGCCGUUGCUGGCUGUGGGGCUAUUAUUGGCUUGAGAAUUGGGCGUCGUACAACAGCAACUGAUCUACCUCAGACUGUGGCCGCACUGCACUCAGUGGUUGGUCUUGCCGCUGUUUUGACAAGUUCCGGAUCAGUCAUGGCAGAUAUUGGUGACAUAUCAACACUCCAUCUUGUAGCAGGCUACCUGGGUGUACUGAUUGGUGGCGUUACAUUUACCGGAUCUGUUGUAGCAUUUCUCAAACUUGCAGGUCGAAUGUCUUCGAGACCAAUCAAGCUUCCAGGUCCAAAACAUGCACUCAAUUCCUCCUUACUUGGUCUUAAUAUCGCCACAAUGGGGACUUUCCUCACUCUCGCACCUGGCGCGCCGGUAAUUGCUGCAUGCUGCUUGGCAGGUAAUGCAAUCCUCAGCUUCAUCAAAGGUUACACAACUACCGCAGCCAUUGGUGGAGCAGACAUGCCGGUUGUCAUCACGGUUCUGAAUGCAUAUUCUGGAUUUGCAUUAGUAGCCGAAGGUUUCAUGCUUGAUAAUCCGCUAUUGACAACAAUCGGGUCUCUGAUUGGAGUUAGUGGUUCGAUCCUGUCAUACAUUAUGUGUGUCGCGAUGAACCGUUCUAUCGGAAAUGUUCUUUUUGGAGGAAUAACCCCAGCCACGGAGACCGAGCAUAAGAUCGAGGGACAAAUCACCAAAACUAAUAUUGAUGAGGUCGUGGAAUCCCUAGAAAACGCAGAAAACGUAAUCAUUGUCGUUGGAUAUGGUAUGGCAGUCGCCAAAGCUCAAUAUGCUAUCAGCGACAUUACGCGCAUGCUGAAGAGUAAAGGCAUUAACGUCCGUUUCGCCAUUCAUCCUGUUGCAGGUCGCAUGCCUGGUCAAUGUAAUGUCCUUCUCGCAGAAGCUAGCGUUCCAUACGACAUCGUUCUUGAAAUGGACGAGAUCAAUGAUGAUUUUGGAGAAACUGACGUAACCCUCGUUAUCGGCGCAAACGAUACUGUCAAUCCCAUUGCGCUAGAGCCAGGUUCUAGUAUUGCUGGCAUGCCUGUUUUACAUGCGUGGAAGAGUAAACAGGUCAUUGUGAUGAAGAGAGGUAUGGCAAGUGGGUAUGCAGAUGUGGUUAAUCCGAUGUUUUAUUUGCCAAAUACGAGGAUGCUGUUUGGGGAUGCUAAGGAUAGUUGUGAUGCUAUCAAAGGUGCCCUCGAAGCAAGAAACCGUAUGUACGACGUUUAG